AUGCUACACAAGCUCGAAAACAAAGAUCUUAUUGUCUCCGACAGAGGCGGGGUGGUGGAAAAUCGACACAUCAUUCACGCAUCGGUUGUCGAUGCAACUGGCAGACUGCUUUUUGCCGUAGGUGACCCGGGAAGAAUGACUCUAGCUCGAUCUGCGGCAAAGCCAAUCCAGGCAUUGGCCAUCCUAGAAACCGGUGCAUGUGACCAAUUUGGACUUGAUGAUGCCGACUUGGCAUUGAUGUGUGCAUCGCACAGUAGCGAGGACAGGCACAUCGCUCGCGCUCGCUCCAUGCUUCGCAAAGUGGAUGCCGAAGAAACAGAUCUUCGCUGUGGUGGGCAUGUCGCUCUGUCCGAUGUUGUCAAUCGAGCGUGGAUAAAAGAUGACUUCGUUCCCACUGCUAUAUGUAAUAAUUGCUCAGGCAAACAUGCCGGCAUGCUGGCCGGCGCUAAGGCACUGGGUUCAGAUGUGAAGGAUUAUCACAUGCCAACUCACCCCAUGCAACUGCAAGUUCGAGGUACCUUCGAGGAGCUUUGUGGCCCAGAUGAAAAUAUUCUGCUCUGGGGGCUUGACGGCUGCAAUCUGCCGGCACCAGCUUGUCCCCUGUUCAUGCUGGGCAAGAUCUACGCCCUCCUCGCUGCGUCAGCAGAUGUUGUGAAGAACAAAACUAUCACCAGAAAUGGCACCAAUCAGACACGAACUGGUUAUCUGAAUCGAAUUUUUGAAGCUAUGUCACGGUAUCCAGAAUAUGUGGGUGGUGAAGGUCGAUUCUGCACAGAGCUUGCGAAGACGUUUCAAGGAAUUUUGAUUGGCAAACUCGGUGCAGACGGCUGUUAUGGAUUAUCAAUUCGGGAAUCGGAGCAGACCCAGAAACUUGGAGCGAGGGGUGCUAUAGGCAUUUCAGUGAAAGUCGAAGAUGGAAAUAUCAACAUUCUCUACGCAGCUGUGAUGGAAAUCCUUGAGCAGCUGCAAAUUGGGACACCAGAGAUGCGCCAUGCCCUCGGCCAUUUCCACUUCCCGAAGCUCUGCAAUACAGUCGGUUCGGUCACUGGUCAAAUAUCUCACUUAUUCCAAGUACGUUCAGCUUGA